CUAGCUUCAAACUUGGAAGCACUUCCAUCUCCAUAUCCUCAAUCAAAAUUAUCAAACACAUUCAACUAAGCCCAGAAAAAUUAGGAAAAUAAAAAUUCACUAUAUUUUAACAUUUCUGCACUUGCUCCCCCUAGUGUGUGGCAUUUAGAAUUAGAAUCACAGUUCAUUAGAAUAAUAUAACCUGUGGAGAUUUGCUUCAACCAUGGCCUCAACUUCCUCCACAACCUUAUCAAUCACCUCUUCGUCAAGCCUUGUUGAUGCCAAGGCUCCUCGCCAAUUAGCCGCUGCAUCACCACAAUGUGUGACCCUGCCCACCCUUCCUCCUCCUCCUGUCCAGACUCAGAACCGUCCCUGGAAGACCACUGCUUAUUGUCGAAAGCUAGCCCGGAAUGUUAUGGCUAUGGCUACCGGAGAGGCUUUGGCUACAGGGGAGGCUCCAACUGAGCUGGCUACAACUGAGCCGCCAGAGAUUGUCAAGUCAAUUCAACAAGCUUGGGAUAAGGUUGAAGACAAGUAUGCAGUGUCUUCACUAGCAGUUGCUGGUGUAGUUGCUCUUUGGGGCUCCACUGGGAUGAUCUCGGCGAUUGAUAGGCUUCCUUUGAUUCCUGGGGCUCUUGAGCUUGUCGGCAUCGGUUACACAGGAUGGUUUGCAUACAAGAACAUUAUUUUCAAACCUGACAGGGAAGCUUUUGUAGCGAAAGUGAAAGCCACAUUCAACGACAUAAUUGGGAGCAGCAGCUAAAAGGGGAUCCUCUGCUACAGUGAGGUGAAGCUAGUAAGUGCUGAAGCGAACAUUUUUAAUGAGUGUGCACAAGGAAGUAAACAUGCUUCGUUGCGUUUGUAUAAGUUUCUAACCAGAGUAAAUCCUUGUAAUAAUGCACGUUUAUCUCUAAGACACAUGUAAUUAAAUAUUUAAUUUCUCCA